AUGCCCGUCGAGAUCCUGGAGAAGAUCUUUGACGAAAUCCUGCCAAGUCGCGCCAUGAUCGAAAUCGGCCCUUCUCGAAGGGAUUCUCUUGGACCUAGCGGGCUUUGUCUGAAUUGGUCCCAGUCUCAAGGCUGGAGGGUGCCAGAACUGAUGCUCGUCUCCAAGUCAUUUCGCGAGGCUGUCAGGCUUCAACACAGCACUCCCAUCCCAGCCUUGGGCCCAAACGACUGCCUCAUCCGCGUCCAAGCCGUCUCUCUGAACUACCGUGACAUCGCCACCCCGCUCGGCUUGUAUCCUGGCGCCGGCAAAGAUGGAAUCGUUCCCACUUCAGACGGUGCUGGCACCAUCGUAGCGGUCGGCGACGACGUGAGUGAGUUUCAAGCUGGUGAUCGAGUGUGUAACACAUUCUUCCUCGACUAUCAGGACGGGAUCCCCACUGCAGAGUCCCGAGCAGGAAGUUUGGGUGUGCGGAAUGACGGGCCCUUGAGGCAGUAUGCUGUGUUCCCUACGACGGCUUUGGUCAGCGCACCGAAGCACUUAAAUGCAAGGCAGGCAAGUACAUUGCCUUGUGCGGCGCUGACGGCAUGGAAUGCUUUGAUGGGACUGGGUGGGUGUAGAUUGCAGGCUGGGCAGAGCAUCCUGACGCAGGGGACUGGUGGUGUCAGUCUCUUCGCAAUCCAAUUUGCCUUGGCUCUCGGUGCUACCGUGAUCGCCACCACCUCUUCAGACACCAAAGCCGACCGCCUCCGCGCCCUCGGCGUAAAGCACAUCAUCAACUACCGCACCGACCCCAACUGGGGCGAGACCGCCCGCAAACUCUCCCCUAACGGCCUCGGCGUGCAACACGUCCUCGAGGUCGGCGGCGAAGCCACUAUGGCGCAGUCCUUCAAGGCUGCUGCACUUGGCGGGUGUAUAGACAUUAUUGGGUUUCUCGCGAAAAAGGACGGGGAGCCUAGCAAGGUUAGCUUUUGGGAUGCGUUCACGGGGUUGAAUGUGGUGAGGGGGAUUGGGGUGGGGAAUAGGAAGCAAUUUGGCGAGAUGAAUAAGUUCAUGGAGGAGAAGGGAAUUGCGCCGAUUGUCGAUGAGAGGGUGUUUGGGUUUGGAGAGGCGAGAGAGGCGUAUGAGUAUUUGAAGAAGCAAGAGUUCUUUGGGAAGGUUGUUAUUGAUGUUGCGAAGGAGUAG